CGCAGCUGGCACAAGCAAGAAAGCCCUCCGGAGCAGACAACGGCGGAAAGAAGGGGAACGAACGAGCAGAAGCGAGGAAGGGAAAGAGGCGGCGGAGAGGAGGAGGAGGAUGGGGUUCAUGCUGCGGGUGAGGCUGGCGUCCUUCUUCGCGGGCGCGGCCGCGGCGGCGGCCGGCGGCGGCUACUUCCUCUACAAGGACUACAAGCUCGCCCACGACUCCACGGCCCUACAGGUGAAAGGUCUCCAUGACCAUGUGGACGCCCGCUACAAGGCCUUCGACAAGCGACUCAUGGCUUUGGAAGGCCAGAAGAGCACCGAGUCUUCUCAGGAUAUCGGCGCACCAUCUGAUUGAUUUAUCUGUUUCAUUACGAGACUCGAGCUUGGACUGUUUACGUUUAUUUUGCUUUAACCAGCGCUGUCUUAUAUCCUUGGGAAGCAAUGGAGCUGUGAGUCUGACUGACAACAAACAAAAUAAUGUAGUGAAACAGUUUUGGUUGCACAUUAAAAAGAAGCUCCUUCUGUAGUAGUUCUGUGUCGCAUGUCUUGGCAAACCGCCUGGCGUUUCCUGUGUUACUGAACCUGAACCUGGAUGGAUUGGGCUUAAAAUUCAAAUCUCUUGUUUGCCAGCAAUGUAGAUGCUUAAAUUUGAUUC